CGUGGCCGCUCUCAGAUUUCUCUCUGCCCGAACUCGCAGCACUGCUUCUUUGCACGUGGUUUACACGUGUUCAUUUAUUUAUGUGCAAUGCACUAACUUCUUGUAGCUAAUUCAACCGAAUUUUAUUGUAUAUUUGUUUAUUUCCCAUUAAUCGUAAAGAUGACAUUGAAAAGUUUUCCUAGAGGAGGAAAGAAACUUGAAGUUAAGAAAUCUUCAAAUGUGGUAUUUGAUCAGAAGCUUAAACCUAAUAAAAAACAUAAAAGUCAAUCUAAUAAACAAUAUAGUGACACAAUUGUGAAAGAAACAAAUUUUGUUGCCAAUACUGCAAAACGUUUAUCUAAUGCAACAAUAUGUGAAGGAAUGAUAAUUCUUGGUCGGAUUUCUGAAGUAACUGAAUACGAAUUAAUUGUGUCUAUACCAGGUGGACUUCUGGGAUGUGUGCAAGUCACAGAUCUUGGUGAAUCUUACACAAACCUGUUACAGAACAUAAUUAACUCAAAGGAUGUUCAAACCGAUGAGUUUAAAUCUCUACCAGACUUGUACAAUGUCGGUGAUUAUGUAGUAUGUUAUGUUAAAAGUGUGAAUCCUAAUGGAAAAUGGCUAUAUAGUUUAUCUCUGGAGCCUCAGUUAAUAAAUCAAAAUGUUGAUAAUAAUUAUCUUGUGAAAGGUAUAAAGAUAGUUUGUACUGUUAAGAGUAUAGAGGAUCAUGGCUAUGUGGUUGACACAGGCAUAGCUAAUGUUAGAGCAUUCCUUGCUACAAAGUAUAUCAACAAAGAGAAGGAAUAUUUUCCAGGUAAUCAAAUCAUGUGCGCCAUCAAGGAGAUAAAAACAGUAGAUCAGGUCUCUGUUAUCACAUUAUCAGCUAAGAAGAAAAUAGUCAACAGUGUCAGCAUACACGACAUAGAAUCUUUAGAUGUCCUAAUGCCAGGAACAAAAUUGUCACUUCGCGUAACGAGAGUGCUUUCGAAUGGCUUGCAAGUUAAGUUUGGGAAAGAUAACAUUGGAUACAUAAAUCAAAUUUACUUGGACAGUUCUUUAUCUAAGUAUGUGGAUGACACAGAAGUGACCGGCACAUUAUUGUAUGUAAUGCCGACUGUGAAAUUUGCAUACUUCAGUCUGCUAACUGAUAUAUCCGAAGAAGAGAGGCUGAAAGUGGGUGAUAUUAUUAAAAAGGCCAAAGUUUACAGGGAAUCUAACGGGAUAAUAUUCAAGUUGACCAAAUCUAAUCUGCGCGGGUUCAUUUCUCUACAUAGAACCGAUGUGCCAUUUGACAAAAUCCCGACAGACUUUAAACAAGAUUCUGUGCAUAGAUGCAGGAUAAUCUCUUAUAACUGGAUGGAGCAUCUUUAUGUCUGUACAAUGGAGAAAGAAAUUUUGCAGCAGAAAUACUUUUCAGUCAGCGACCUUAAAAUCGGUGAUAUUCUCACUGUCAAGGUUACAAGAGUUGACACGAAGUCUGGCUUCGUACAGGUGCAAGCAGGAAAGAUUUACGGAAUUGUCGUACCGGAACAUGUAUCCGACAGUGGCUUAAACGUGUUGAAUAUGUUGCAAAUCCAAGAUAACGUCGAAGCGAGAGUCUUAAGUAUUAACAACGAUAAACGCAACAUAAGGUUCACGUUCAAGCAGUCGUUAAUAAAGAGCGAGCUACCAGUUCUGCACGAUAUCUGCGAGGCGCGAUGUGGACAGGAAUAUCACGGUACGAUCACUAAGAUAAACAAGAACGGGUUAUUGGUGAGAUUCUACGGCGACAUUAAAGGAUGGGUCCCGCGCACUGUAUUGGACAGCAACACUUCCGAUAUGAAUUGGAAUUACACAUUGGGACAGACCGUCACGGUGCUGAUCAACUCGAUCGAGAAGGACGAGGGUAAAAUGAAACUCAGAAUAAUCACACGAGAACAGAAGCAACAACAGUCCGUUAACAUGAAGAUCGGGGAACUGAUCGAAGGAGUAAUUAUGGAAUCGUCCAUGGAAGGAAUACACUUGAGAAUACGCAAGACCGACGAUGAGGAGGUCACGAUUGGCUUCUUACCGGCCGGUCACAUGUCUCCGUGUAUAGAAAUCGGCGGUCUACUCGCGUCGAAAUGCACUCCUGGCGACACCAUCUCGGCCUACGUCUUCGCCACACAGCCGAGCGUGAUAAUGUCACGUACUUAUGUGACACAGGAACAGUACAGGAACUUUCACACGCUGAAGAUAGGGGAUUGCAUUCCGUGCACGAUUAGGGACAUCUCGCAGGACGGCGUGAGAGUUAUCUUGCCCGUCGAGGAUUACUCCACAUUCGGAUUCAUCUCAUACAAGAAUAUCAGCGACUUCGAGCUGUUGCGUGUGAAUCAGAUAUUACUCGUUAAAAUCACGGCUAUUAACAAACGAGAGAAACAACUGGCGCUGACGAUGGGGUUGAAAGACGUGUGGGAGACCCCUGUCGAGCACGGGAUGAAGAUGCUGUCGGCGGUGGAUGUCUUGAGCUUAUACCUCAAUAAAUUGUCGGAGCUGGCGACUAAUGCGUUUUACAAGAACAAACCGAUUUCCUUGGUGACUUUGGGUCAUAAAGUCACAGGCGAGAUCGAGAAGAUCACCGACCACGGUCUCAUACUUCGACUAGAUAAUAAGCUGACGGGCGUAGUGCGCAAGGAUCAUUACACCGUCGAGCCUAAAGUCGGAGACAAGGUGUUCGGUACAGUUUUGUGGAAGAACUAUGUCCACGACUUCGUGGACGUGUCGUUGUUACCAAGGAUCGUGAACGGGAUCAGCUCCAAGCAAAGAAAACUACCGGAGCUUCCUGACAAGCUUGUGCUGAGAGGAGAGAUCCUGAUGAUCACCAACUGGUUGCUAAUCGUCCUCGUGAAACGACACGGUUCAGGAUACUUAGUAGCUUUACCGGUCCGUCGACACUUGAACGAUCUCUCUCCUGAUUUGACGCCUUACACGGUGCACGCUAAAAUCCGAUUGUACAUGGUAAUGGCGAGAAAUGAGUGCGGCAUCGUUCCGAUUGGUAUGCUGAAAUCUGCGUUCGAGACUCCCAAAAAAGAUACACAGCCGCUGUCUAGCGCGAAUAAAAAAUUGAAGAGAAAAAUGCCCGCGCAACAAGAUAGUGCCUCAACGACCGUGAUGCUUAAGAAACCAAAGAGAGAAACGACGACUGAUGAUGGUGUUGGCAGCGAUAGAAAACUCAAAAGUAAAAUCGAUAAAACUGCCUAUCCAAAGAAAAGUGAGACCAGCGGACUCAUCCACUCUUCCGACGAAAGCGAUGCAGAAGACAAGUUGCCGACCACAAAAAAAUCACAUAUUCCAGAAUGCGGGUUUAACUGGGACAAUAAAACAAGCUCGGCUGUAGUAGCUGUCAACGAGACGUCCAGCGAUGAUGAAGAGGAGACCACGGACGAGCCGAAGCGAAAGAAGAAGAAGCUGAGCGCAGCCGAACGUCGGGAACAGGAACGGCAGAAGGAACGCGAGAUUCGCCAGCGGGAAGAGGCUUUAGCGAGCAAUGAGGUACCCAACUCCAUCGACCAAUUUGACAGGCUAGUUCUGUCCAGUCCGGACAGCUCGUUGGUAUGGCUGCAAUAUAUGGCGUACCAUUUGCAAGCCACAGAGAUCGACAAAGCGAGGUCAGUCGCGAGACGGGCUAUAAAGACAAUCAACUUCCGUGAAGAAAACGAGCGUCUGAACCUAUGGAGCGCUUGGCUCAAUUUGGAGUCCAGGUACGGCACGCCGGAGUCUCUGAACGACGUUUUCCAGGAGGCGGUGAAGGCAAACGACGCACCGAAGGUAUACACGCAUAUGCUGAACGUGCAUGUGGACGCCGGUAGGCAGGCCGAGCUGGAGAAGUUGAUCACCACUAUGACUGGCAAAUUCAAGCAAAACCCUGAGACAUGGGUGGACUGCGGUACAGCGUUCCUGAAAAUUGGACUGAAGGAGAAGUCGCGGUAUACCAUGCAAAGGGCAUUGCAAUCUUUGCCUACGUCUCAGCAUGUAAACUUGAUAGUGAGAUUCGCGAAUUUAGAGAACAAACUAGGAGACAAGGAACGAUCGCAGACAUUAUUCGAGCAGAUCCUGAGCUCCUAUCCUAAACGCGUCGACGUGUGGUCUUCUUACGUAGAUUGCUUAGUAAAAACCGAGGAUUUCGACAUAGCCAGAAAAGUAUUGGAACGAGCAGUUGCCCAAACUCUCCCAGUAAGAAAAAUGAAAACGCUGUUCAAAAAGUUCAUUAGUUUUGAGGAGAAGUACGGUACAUCCGAGGCCGUAGCUCACGUGCAGCAGAUGGUCACCGAUUAUGUAGAGAAACAAUGUAGCAAGGAAUCGACGUAAAGUAUACAUAUAAAACAGUUUGUACAAUAUUAUUGGAUAAAAGAAAUCGAGAAUGAAGCUUUAUUUAUCAGAUAAAUAUUCAUUUACUGAAAAAAAGAGAGACAAACUUUUCUCAAGAAUAUAAUUUUUAUUUCUUUUAUAAUCAGAUACACAUUUUAAAAAUAAAUUAUUUUUACAUAUCUAAGACGAUUCAGGUAUCGUUCGGAAAACACGAACAGGGACGAAGGUUCGUCAAAUAUAUAUUUUUUAGAUUUACUAUCCGAUAUAAAUAUAUAUUGAAAGUUAAUUCUGAUAUCCUUAAGACUUCGUGUAUCGUUCACGAAACACAGCGAAUAUUUGUCUUUAUUGGUUCAACGAUCUGAUACACAUACAUUCAAAAAUAAAUUUUUCUUACAUUUCUAAA